GACGUCACGGCGGACCGUCAACAGGAAACACGAUGUAAACAAAGCGACAGCUGCUGUGAACGAGUCUGCUAGCUUUGCUCAUCUGUUUCAGAUUAACGUUGAUAUUAUUAUUGAUAUUAUUAUUGUUAUUGUUGAUAUUAUUAUUGAUAUAUUUCACCAGUUUAACCUCGUAGCUGAGCUGUUAGCUGAUCGCAGCUAACGCGAGCUAGCUGCCAGCGAGUUAGCAUUCACCAAAAUGGAUGAUACCAAGAUGGUGGCUGGUAAAGUGAAGAAACCGGGGAAACGCGGCCGUAAACCGGCGAAGAUCGACCUGAAGGCCAAACUGGAGCGAAGCCGGCAGAGCGCCAGAGAGUGCCGAGCCAGGAAGAAGCUGAGGUACCAGUACUUGGAGGAACUGGUUUCCAGUAAGGAGAGAGCCAUCUGUGCUCUGAGGGAGGAGCUGGAGAUGUACAAACAGUGGUGCUCGGCGAUGGAUCAGGGGAAGAUCCCCUCAGAGAUCAAAGCUCUGCUGACCGGAGACGAGCAGAAAACUUCUCAAGGAGGCAGCAGCACCAAGACGUCCAGGAGCAGCAAGAACAACAUCAGCAGCAACGGUCAGAGCUAAACAAUGAGUCUGACCGGAGAACACGACCGCACGACGUCAUACAACACAACACAGCUCCACUCAGCUGUCUUCACUUCUGACACACAUGAAACGGUAUCUCAUAAAGUCUUCAACCAGAGGAAGCUUCAAGAAUAACAAUUCUCUUCUCCUGUUAAACAACCUGUUCAACAAACAAAGAAACAAACAGUCUUUCCUUCAGGCGUCGACACUCAGUCAGUCAUGUGAUUUAUCAUAAAUGCCAUCAAUACUUCUUUAUCCAUAAAUCUCUUCAUGAUUUUCUAAAUGUUAACACAAAAGAGUUCUCCAUAAUUGUUAAGAGUUGAAACAUGAAGAAUUUGCAGAGUUGGUCUUUAACUUUAAUUAAUGGAAAGCGUUUAUUAUUAAUAAUUACGCAGCUAGACGAAACGCAGAGCGGAGGAAGCUCAUUGGCUCUCAGCUGCUGGAGGAGGAGGAGCCAAGAGAGAAACACCAGGAAAUAAAUCCUCCUCACUGACUUUAAGUUUCCUCAAAAUGUAAACGGUUGAUUAAAUACUCAUUUCAAAUUUCUUUGCUUUCUAAAAGAUGAAUCAAUAUUCAGUUAAUCUCAUGUUUUCAUACCUUCAUUCAUAUUUAUCACGACUCAGUAAACUUAAAUCUUUUAUCCAUUAACGAUCAUUUAAACUUGUUUUAAGAACAUUACGCUUCUUUCUUAAUCGCUCAACCUUUUCAUGUAAUAUAUUCCGUUAUCAUUUCUCAUGUCAAUGUUUGAGUAUCUGGAGAAGUUCUUUAUUUAUCGACUGUAUUUCCAUUGUUUUAUCUAAUUGAACUUCAUCUACAAAGAUAUGUUAAAGUUGCUCCUUUGUUUAUAUUUGAGGUUUCUGUCUCAUUAUUUAUUGAGUAAUGUGUCACCUGGCUGGCUGAGUUUGGACCUGGUGCUGUUAAAUGUUGCUGCUCGUGGAGUUUCUGCUUCAACAGGACAUCUGUACAGUGACGCUGAAGUGUGUUGGAUAUAUUUUUGUAUUUGUAUAUUUUAUAUUUGAGCUCAGAGGAAGCGUGUUUGUGAGUGUUUUCUCCUCUGAGUGAGAUGAUUGUGACGAGACAUGAAAGAUGAAGAUGCUCUUUGUUGUUUAACUUUGACACGUUUACUUUAUAGCAGAUUAAUAAUCUUAUGAGCUCUUUGGUUUUGGAGCUGAUGAAACUUUGUGCACUUUCUUCUUUUCCUCCAGAAGCACUUUCUGAGAUGGUUUUAGUUUUUAGGGCUUUGCAAGAAUAAAUGUCUGAAC